AUGAUGGAGGAAGAUGUUUCAACAUGGGUAGGGAUGGAGUCACUACAAGACAACGCAGAAGAACAAAAUACUACAGAGGAUCAUGUUGUAUGGGUCAUUGUACCAAAUACUGGAAAUUCUGUCUCUAACGACGAUGGGGGCAAUGGUGCCUCGGCAAAUUCCAGUAUGGUUAUCUCUUCAACAACAGAGACUGUAUUUGAUUCUCAUGGCAAUAAAACUAAUAUUCAAAUUGCUGAAAUAACUCACCAGAAAAAGAAAAUGGGCCGGAAAAACAACGUGUCCAGUCGUUUUGUGUGUGACAUAUGUGGUCUUAAAUACUCCAGAAACUUUAACUUGCGUCGUCACAAAGAAAGUGUUCAUGUUUCCACUACUGUUCAAUGUCCUUAUUGUCCAUCUACAUUUACGAGACACGACAAUCUUACGCAACACAUCAAGUUCAUUCACAACAACAUGGGAAGUAACCGGUGCAAAUAUUGUGGAAAACAAUUUGCCAGGAAACACACCAUGGAGGAACACAUCAAUGUUCAACAUCUAAAUGUAAAAAAGCACAUGACUACAAAACAUAAAUGGAAGGAGGUCAACGUUUGUCCGGUCUGUCACAAGGCAGUGAAACAUAGAAUGACAUUUGAUCGGCAUCUUCUUUUACACAACCAAACUGACAACGACAUCGGAAAUCUUCUGCAGACACUGACCAGCACCGCUAAUCCUGAAUCAGUUGACAUCAGCAAAGAAAUUGCUCGAAGGAUGAGCUCAGAAUCUGGUCCAGAUUUCACGGCAAGCCUUAUUGUUUCCGAUGGCAACACGUUGACUGACGUCCAACCAACUUCAAGUACCACCAAAAUCCCGGAUGAUGAUCAUGGAGACAAAACGGUUUACCAGUGUUCGUUCUGCAACAAAGUCUUCAACACUCGUUAUCUUCUUGACAAGCACUAUGAGAGAACACACUCGUAUGUGUGCAGCUUCUGCUCUGCUCUCUUCCUAUCAUACGAUGCCAUCAAGUUUCAUCAGAUGAAGUUUCACCAGGGGGAGAUGGAAAGCAAGUUUGAUCUGAUGCCACCGUCAGACGGACACCAAGAUGUCAAUAGCGCUAAAGAUAUGCAGACUCUUGAUGAUCCUGAAAACCCGAUUUGGUCGUUGGAGGAGAUGGCUGAACUGAUUGAAGCUCCAAUACCUGCAGAUGAUUGGAUCGUGGAAGAAACAGUUUACAAGGACGAACACAGUCAAUAG